UCAAGGCUUAUAAUAGCCGGCCGGAUCCCGUCGGUGGUCCUCGCCUCCGGAGGGGCCGGCGCCGUCGCCUCCAACAGGCAGCUGCUCACCACCGACGCGAAGCAGAUUCACGAGCUCCUCAAGCAGUCGCCUUUCUCUGCUCCACUCCCAUCAGGCUCCAGGUCCGGCUCAUCGGUCGUCCUCCAGUCCGGCACGGUUCUCCCCAUCAAGGUUCAUAGGAUCGUGGAGACAGAGAAGAUUCUGAACUUGGUGAUGGCAUGGGUAGAGAAGGGAACGGAGUUGAAGGUUGAUGUGCCUGUGGUCUUCAAGGGGGAGGUUGUCUGCCCUGGGUUGAAGAAAGGAGGUUUUCUUCACAAGAUCAGGACCAGUUUAAAAUACCUCUGCCCAUCAGAAAACAUACCUCCAAAAAUUGAGGUGGACUUAGCAAAUCUGGACAUCGGUGAUAAGAUAGUGUUUAUGCAUGAUGUUGCAGUGCAACCUUCACUGAAGCUUUUGAAUAAAAAUGACACCAUGCCAAUCUGUAAGAAUUUAGCAAUUAAGCCCAACGAGUCUGAGCCUAAGGUAAAGUCAGAAGGCACAGAAAUGACAGAAGUUGAAGAAGCCAAGUGAAUACUCUACUCUUAAAGCCAUAAGAUCCAGCAAAACUCCUUGAAUAUUCAAGAGCUGGUAUUGUUUGCAGAGCUCAGGUGUACUUGAUUGUAGUUCCGAACUUUGUAGAUCGGGAUUUGUCUGUAAUUUUAACAAUUUUCUACAUAAUGCUGGAUCCUUAGAUGGAUGAAUCGUAUUGUUAAAUGGAUAUUUCGACUGUAAUGGUACAAUUGGUC